AUGUCCGACUAUCAGUACGGAGGCUCUGAAGAGGAGAAUGCGGAGAUUAGAAAUCUCGAGGCUCAGCUGCUAGAUGAUCCUGACAACUUCGAAACCUGGGAGAAGCUGGUUCGUACCGCGGAGGCCCUCGAGGGUGGAAUAAAUCGCAAUUCCAACCCCCAGGCCAUCACAACCUGGCGCGCAGCCUAUGACCGCUUCCUUGCUAAGUUCCCUUUGCUCUUUGGCUACUGGAAGAAGUAUGCCGACCUAGAGUUCUCUAUCACCGGCACUGAGGCCGCUGAAAUUGUCUAUGAACGAGGAAUUGCUAGCAUCUCGCCAUCCGUUGAUCUAUGGACCAACUAUUGUUCGUUCAAGGCGGACACUACGCACGAGGCCCAUAUCAUUCGAGAUCUUUUCGAACGGGGUGCGAACAGUGUUGGUCUUGAUUUCCUCUCCCAUCCCUUCUGGGAUAAGUACAUUGAGUUCGAGGAGCGGAUUGAGGCCCACGAUAAGAUUUUCGCCAUUCUUGCACGUGUCAUCCACAUCCCCGUGCACCAGUAUGCUCGCUACUUCGAGCGGUACCGGCAGCUCGCGCAGACUCGCCCUGUGUCCGAGCUCGCCCCGGCCGAGGUCCUCGCCGCUUUCCGCGCCGAAAUCGAAGCUGCGUCAUCCCAGCCGGCUCCUGGCCCCAAGGCUGAAGCGGAGAUCGAGCGCGAUCUCCGACUUCGCGUGGACAGUUACCACCUGGAGAUCUUCACGAACACUCAGACUGAGACGACCAAACGCUGGACUUUCGAAGCGGAGAUCAAGCGUCCGUACUUCCAUGUUACGGAACUCGAUGAAGCCCAGUUGGUGAACUGGAAGAAGUAUCUUGACUUUGAGGAAGCCGAGGGUUCAUUCUCUCGAACUCAGUUCCUGUAUGAGCGGUGCCUGGUCACUUGUGCCUAUUAUGACGAGUUCUGGUUCCGAUAUGCUCGUUGGAUGGCUGCUCAGCCUAACAAGGAAGAAGAUGUGCGGAUCAUAUAUCAGCGUGCGUCGUAUCUCUACGUCCCGAUUGGCAAUCCCACUAUCCGACUUCACUAUGCCUAUUUCGAGGAGGUGUCAGGCCGCGUGGACGUGGCAAAGGAUAUCCACAAUGCGAUCCUCAUGUGUCUCCCCAGCCAUGUCGAGACGAUUAUCUCACUCGCCAAUCUGUGUCGUCGCCACGGAGGUCUGGAUGCGGCCAUUGAAAUCUACAAAACACAGUUGGAUUCACCAGAGUGCGAAAUGGCCACGAAGGCUGCUCUCGUUGCCGAGUGGGCCCGCCUUUUGUGGAAGAUCAAGGGCAGCCCUGACGAGGCUCGCACGGUUUUCCACGAGAAUCAGCGUUACUACCUCGACAGCCGACCCUUCUGGUGCAGCUAUCUCGUCUUCGAAAUUGAGCAACCCACCAGCGAGGCGACCGAGUCGGUUCAGUAUGAACGCAUCAAGCAGGUCAUUACUGACAUCCGGUCCAAGAGCGUUCUGCAAGUCGACGCUGUCAAGGAACUCGUGCAAAUUUACAUGACAUACCUUCUCGAAAGGGGCAAGGACACUGCGAAGGAAUACAUGACCCUGGAUCAUGAAAUCUAUGGUCCUUCAUCUGUGGCUUCCGCUCGGACUGGCGGAAAUGUGCCGGUGCAACCCACCACUGCCGGCGGACAAUUCGCUUCAAUUCCUCACAUGCAGCCCACACCGGAUGAGGCCGCUGCAUACGCGUACUACCAACAGACGGCAGCGAACGGUACAGCCGCUUAA